CAGUCUUUAGGUAUUGGAACUGAUCGUAGCAUCAUCUCUAAUCCGUGGACAGUUUUUGAUCUCCUGCAAAGUUGACGACGACGAAUACGCCGAUCAUGAAAAUUGCCAUCGCUUUACUGGUCAUAGUGGGCCUGGUGGCUGCCACUCCCUUCCCCAAAAAGGAAACCAAAUUUGCCGACAAGGAAUUUUUGGCCAAACAAAAAUUCUUCUUCGAAAUUGUCUACCGCAUGGAGGAUCCUUUGUUCUUCGAGGAGUACAUCAAAUUGGGCAAGACUUUCACCUUCAACAAGGAAGAUUAUGUGUUCCCUGCAGACUAUAAUGGCGAAUAUAUGUACAAAUACUAUAAGGCCUUCAAACAUGGUGUGACCUUGCCCAAGGGUGAAUUCUAUGGUGCCUUUGUGGAAUCCCACUUCGAGGAAUUAUAUGGCUUAUUCGAUUUCUUCUACUAUGCCAAGAACUGGGAAGUCUUCCAACGCAAUGUGUGCUGGGCCCGUAUGUUUGCCAACGAAGGUGUCUUUGUACAAGCCUUGACUUUGGCCGUCAUCCAUCGUGAUGACUUCCAAGGCUUCAUCUUGCCUGCCAUUUAUGAAAUUUUCCCUCAAUACUUCUUCAAUAGCAAAUUCGUCUUUGAAGCUGAGAAAUUCGAUUAUGAUGUUUGGAGCAAAUACAUCAUGUACGAAAAGGAAUACAAAGACUUCUUGUACAAGGACUACUCCAAAUACUUUAAGGAAUUCGAUGACAAAUAUCACUAUCAGUACUACAACUACUUCUACACCAAGGACUGGAAGGUUUGGCAAUGGUGGAAGGUCAUGGGCUUGGGCGAACACUGGUACAGCGAAGAUCACUUCAUGAUCCGUGACAAUUACGAUCACUUCAACAAGGACUCCAAGUACUUGGAUAUGAUCAAGGAUGUCAAGAAAUUCUGGAUGCCUGUGGACUACACCCGCGACAUUUACUUCUACAAUCAGGAAUCUGAAUUGUCCUACUUCACUGAGGAUGUUGAAUGGAACUCUUUCUGGUACUACUUCAACUUGGAUUAUGCUCCAUUCUUGAACGGCAAGUCUUUCGGUUUGGAUAAGGAUCGUCGUGGUGAAUACUACUUCUAUGUUGUCCGCCAAUUGUUGGCUCGCUACUAUAUGGAACGUCUGUCUCAUGGCUAUGGUGAGAUCCCCGAAUUCUCUUUCUUCACUGAAGUCGAGUAUGGCUAUGAUCCACAAUUGAUCAACUACAAUGGUGUUGGCUUCUCCUACCGCAAGAACUAUUUCGAAUACGAAACCUAUGGCAAUUUCGAAUAUGUCCACAAGGUCAUGGGCUUCUUCAAGCGCAUUGAGGACAUCAUCACCCAGGGCUACUAUGUGACCUAUGAUGGCACUAAGAUUGAUAUGCACAAACCUGAGUCAGUGAAAUAUUUGGGUGAUUUCAUGCAAGGCAAUGUUGACAGCUUUGACAAAUACUUUGCCACCUUCUGGUACAUCUAUGCCCACUCCUACAUGGCUGAUGUGGAUGAAUCGGACUUCUAUGUACAUCCCCAUGUCUUCUUGAACUACGAAACCAUGUUGCGUGACCCCGUCUUCUAUCAGUUCUACAAGAAGGUCCAUGAUGUCUUCUACCAAUUCUACGACUAUGUUGAUGCCUACACCAAGAAGGAAUUGUACUUCGAGGGCGUUGAAUUUGAGGAUGUCAAGAUCAGCGAAUUGGUUACCUACUUCGAUUUGGUGGACUUUGAUGUCACCAACUUGUUGAACGAUAAGCCCACUUUCGUUGAUGGCCAAUUUGUAUGGGACAAGACCCUGUUGGCCCGUCAAGCCCGCCUCAAUCACAAGAACUUUGAAUUUGAGUACUCCAUUAAGUCGGAUAAACCCCAAAAGGUUGUCAUCCGUGCUUUCUUGGGACCCAAAUAUGAUGAAUUCGGCCAUGUCAUCCCAUUGGAUGAGAAUCGCGAAAACUUCUACGAAAUCGAUGAAUUCUACUAUGAAUUGAAAUCGGGUGUUAAUACCUUCAAGCGCAGCUCCAAGGACUUCUACUGGACCACCGAUGAUCGCACCACCUACACUGAAUUGUACAAAUUCGUGAUGUUGGCCUAUGAGGGCAAAUACGAAUUCCCCUUGGAUUACUCGGAACCCCAUUGUGGCUUCCCGGAUCGUUUGGUCUUGCCCCGUGGCUACUUCGAGGGUAUGCCUGUGCAAUUCUUCUUCUUUGUCUAUCCCUUCACUGCCUCGUAUGAUGCCUACUCCACCUACGACUACAACUACUCAUGCGGCAUUGGCUCUGGCGUUCGUCACAUUGACGAAUAUCCCUUCGGUUAUCCUUUGGAUCGUGAGAUUGAUGAAUUUGAAUUCUUUGUGCCCAACAUGUUCUUCAAGGAUGCCAAGAUCUAUCAUCACGAUACCUUUGAGAAAUACUACGACUACAAGUAUGAGAAGUUCGGUCACUUCGAUUACAACUACUAUUACAACUAUUAGGUUGUUAAGGCGGAUGAGUAAACUCUGUGGUAUAGUCAUAUAGCAAGUGUGAUGACAAAGCAAUCACAAUAAAAAAUUCAAAAAAAAAAAAUAAUAAAAAAUAGGAUGAAAUAAAUUGAGAUGUGGAAAAUGGA